UUUUCUUCUGUUGCAUCUGAAUUCAUCAAAUCAGGAAAGGCAAUGUUUACUUCAUUCAAAGGAGGUGUUCAGUCUGGUUUAUCGUCCGUCAGUAAGAAAUCUUUUAAGUCUGCGAUGAAAAACAUGACAUCUUCUACAGUGAUCAAACAGAACUUCAAAUCUGCAACAAAAUAUGCAGUCCAGGAAAUCGGGAAACAGUAUGCGCUCACUGCUAUGAACUACGCAAUGGAUGAAGCACUUCAGAAAGUCUUUAAGAUUAUUUUACAAAACAGCUUUAAGAAUGUUGUUACUUCAUCAGUCGAGCAAAGCAGUAAACUCGAUCAGACUCUUGUGGAGUUUAUCAGCUCAGGCAUUCCGAAAGCUGCAUUGACAAAAGAUGAUUUCAAGAUUGACCAGGAUUAUGAGAAGCAAGUAAAAAAAUCAGUUGGCAUGCUCUGUGAAGAGGUAAUUCCUGACCUCAUACUGGACUGUACCACAGCACAGGAUGUUAUCAGCAAACUCUCUGAGGUGUGUGAAAAAGCAGAAGAGCUUAUGAAUAAAGCCAAACUGUCAGGAGUGUACGAAAUGGCAAAGCUGGCUCUGAAAGUAGCUGAGUACUCAGCAGAUCUAGGUCAAAUAUUGGGUGCCAUACCAACAGAAGAGAUAAUACAACAGAAAUUUGUUCCUGAAUUACUGGAGAGCAUCAGUGAGCUUCAGAAUGAAAUGACAAAAUAUGACCAAGAUGGACGACACAAUUUACACGAUGUACAGCGCCUUAAAGGUGAACUUCUACAGACUAUCGCCCAGAAGGUGUCUGACCAAUUCAUCAGUUCUUGUUCUGAACAUAUAACUCCUUUAAUGACAAGCACAUGUAAGAGUCAUUUGAACAGUGUUGUAGGAAAGGCCGUGCAUGACGUCAUGCGCAGACAUAAAACUCAGCGCUUCUUUGAUGACCAGAGGGAAAAACACAACAAGAGAUCUGCGAGCCACAAGGAAGUGGAACAGCUGUCAGAUGAGGACAAAACAGAGCUAAAGCAGUAUACAGAAGAUAUGUGCAAAGCUGAUCAGCCUACUACAGCCCUCGAUGUGUACGUGCUCACAAAAAAGCAGCCUGCUUGGUGGAAAAGGAAUUGAACUCACUGGCGUUGAUGAAAAUGGAAAACAGCUCACUGUGGAACGUUACCCAGGAACCAACAAAUCAGCAGGCGAUAUAAAAUUGAGAUUAACCAAGCCUGCAAAAACCACACAUCCAUCACAAGCUGAUACACAGCUGUACAGUGGCCGUUUUGACAUUGUACAGGAUGAUGGCAGGAUAGUCAGCGUUAACUCGGAUCAUCAGAAUGCUCUUUAUCAUGCUGUAGCACAAGCAACUGGCAGCGAGACAAAGGACCUAAAGACAGAAG